UUAAUGUUUGACCCUCCUGUUAUUUUUCUUUUUUUGUGACAGAGCAGUAAAAAUUGAUCACACCUGUCCACAAAAUGGAUCAAUGUGCGAGCAGGAGAGGAGUUCCAGUAACGUCAACAUCGGGAAAGGACACGGUGAUCACCGAGCUCCUGGCAAGCUGGGAUGAUUCCCAGCUGCUGCAGUUGACGGACUCCUACCGGGACAGGGUGGAGCAGGCGAUGGAAGGAGGGGUGCACGGAGUGAGCCUGGCAUUAACGGCCGAGAAUCAGUUCAGCGGAGAGGAACAUCGGAAAAUCUCUGAUCUCGCUGAUAAGGGAGAGCGGGCGGACUCCUCCUGAGCCUGGUGAUGGAGAAAGGCUCCCGCGCCCGGAGGGUGAUGUGGGAAACCUUUGUGAAAAUGCGGAUUGGUGUCCCAAAGUUGGAGAAAAUACUGAAAGAAAUACAGGAACAUGGUUGUGAUUCUUCCCAUCGACCAAUUCCCGCUCAACAUUUACUAAAGAUUCUCAGUGAGCUGAAAGAUGUUCAACAGAAACACAAGGAGACUCUGCGGGCACAAACUGAAACACUGAGAGUGAACACGAUCCUGAUGACGGAGAAGGUGAAGGUUUUCCAGCUGGUUGAUCAAUACACUGAGCUCACGGUCAUUUCUACUGUUCGAGAUCGGAGACUGGUGGAACAUGAGCUGCUGGAAAGAGGCAGAGACCACGAGGAGUGGAGAGAAAAACAUCUCCGUGGUAAGCUGGAAAAAAUCCGGACUGAUCAGCUGUUCCAGAGCAGCUUUUCCCGGAGUAACUCUGAAUCUGGGAAUUCGGCAGCAGUUGCUGGAGACCCAGGGAUCGGGAAAACCACAAUGGUACAAAAGAUUGUUUAUGACUGGGUCACGGGGAAAAUAUAUCAACAAUUCCAGUUUGUCUUCAGUUUCAAAUUCCGGGGUUUAAACUUCAUUAACCACAGAAUAAACCUGACAGAACUCAUUCUGGAUCAGUAUCCUUACUUUGCAAAUAUCCUGAGAGAGGUCUGGAAGAACCCAGAGGGAUUGCUGUUUAUAUUCGAUGGUUUGGAUGAAUUCAAUGACGCAAUUGAUUUUGCUGACAGUCGGAGAGAUACAGAAACUUGGUCCACAUGCACAGAUCCUGAAUUCAAGUGCAAGGUGUCUGAUAUUGUGUACAGUUUAAUCCAGGGCAAGCUGCUCCCAGGGUGUUCAGUGCUGGUGACCACCCGCCCCACUGCGUUACAUUUAUUGAAAAAGACUGAGAUCAGUGUCAGGGCUGAAAUCCUGGGAUUUUCUGGUGAGGAACGGAAGAAAUAUUUCUUCAGGUAUUUUGAAGAUCAGACGGUGGCAGCAGCUGUUUUCAGACAUGUGAAGGAGAACGAGAUCCUGUACAGCAUGAGCUACAACCCCUCCUACUGCUCGAUCCUUGCUCUGGCACUGGGCCCCUUCUUCACACCAAAUGUCAGGGACCCGCAGCGAGUGCCCAAGACCAUCACCCAACUGUACUCCUACUAUAUUUACAACAUCCUGAAAAACCACAGCCGUGAGAUUGAGAACCCCCGUGAUAUGUUACUCAGGGUUGGUCAGAUGGCCUUCAGAGGAGUGUCCGAGAAGAAGAUUGUGUUUACAGAUGGGGAUUUGAUCAACUACAAUCUGCAGCCUUCCCAGUUCCUGUCCGGGUUCCUGAUGGAGCUUUUGGAGAGAGAGGAUUCUGCCCGGAAUGUGGUGUACACAUUCCCACACCUCACCAUCCAAGAGUUUGUAGCUGCAGUCGCACAAUUCCUGAAUCCACAUCCCGGGGAUAUCUUGAAAUUCCUCACUGGAGCCCACAAUACCACAGAUGGGCGAUUUGAAGUAUUUCUCCGUUUUGUUGCUGGACUCUCCAACCCAAAGACAGCUCGGGGCCUGGAGGAGUUUCUGGGUCCAUUUCCUCAUCAAACAACCUGCCGGGUGAUUGACUGGGUGAAGGAGGAGGUUAUACGCCAGAUAAAUAUCUCUGCUGGUGAAGAUGAUACAAGGAACCUCCUGAACACAUUGCACUACCUGUUUGAGUCUCAGAAUACUGGACUGGCUCGAGGCACACUGGGAUCUGUGGAAAAACUUUCAUUCAGUGAAAUGCCACUGUCCCCGAUUGACUGCGGGAUCCUGUCUCAUGUCAUUGGACUCUGUGAUACAAUAAAACACCUCUGUUUUUGGAACUGCCGUAUUCAGUUUGAAGGAAUACAGCGGCUGGGAUCCGGGCUACACAAGUGCCAGGAGUUGAGACUUGGGAGUAAUGACCUGGGAGAUUCAGGAGUGAAACUGGUGUCUGCGGCUCUGAGGAACCCAGAGUGUAAAAUACAGAAACUGCGGCUGAACGAUGUUGGCCUCACAGGUUCUGGUGCCGAGGAUCUCGCCUCCACUCUCAGUGCAAACCGUACACUUACAGAGCUGAACCUGAGUGUUAAUAAACUGGAAGAUUCAGGAGUGAAACUGGUGUCUGCGGCUCUGAGGAACCCGGAGUGUAAAAUACAGAAACUGUGGCUGUGGAAAGUUGGUCUCACGGAUUCUGGUGCCGAGGAUCUUGUCUCGGCUCUCAGUACAAACCAAUCACUGACGGAGCUGGACCUGAGAUUAAACUCGCUAACGGACCGAUCUGUCCCUGCUCUCCGUCGCCUGAUACUGUCCGUCCAAAGUCUGGCCUAUAUUGAGCUGUGGAGAAAUCACUUCAGUGAGACUGGGGAGAUGGAACUGAGAUCUCUGCAGGAAGUCAGACCCGGACUGACAGUGAACCUGUGAACAUCUGAAUGAGUGAACAUCCCCGCUCAAGGGAUGGGGACAUUUUGGUCGAUUCCUCACCAUCCCCUUUAAUGACAACACUCCGGGUUUAAUUCCCAAUGGUUCUAACGGGUCACGUUUCCAACCAAGCACUCUGUGAUGUCGGAGGUGUUUCCGCAGGCAUGUAAUUUCCCUUUGUGACCAGCGGCGCUAUUUCUGCUGGAUGUCCCGGUCUGAGAGUUCAUUUAAGUGAGACCUUGGGGAAAUACACAGAUAGAAGAGGCGGGGCUCAGUCUGGGACACCGGUGUCUGGGGUGGGAUUAUCCUGAGAGAGAACACUAUUGCUCACUAUGCUGAGGAAAAUACAUUUAGGAGUCUGUCCGAAAUUACGAUGUUAAAUGAGUAAGUACCUUGGUAGCGACCCUGGAACUGCAGCGAUCUCGGACACUGUCCUGAAAUGUGAUUUUAUAACCAUCGGUUUCCUGAAGCAGAGUGAUAGUGAGAAACGGGACUGAUGAUUCAAUCUGUUUACUCGUUGUUACUGGUGUGUGACUCUGAGUGAAUCAGGAAUAGCUUAUUUAUUUCCGCAAGUUAGCAGGUUACACGUUGUUUAAUUUACAUUUACAUUUGUCAUGUGUGUUGGCGCGUGGCCUAGUGGACAAGGCAUCGGACUAGCAACCUGAAGGUCACUGUUUCGAGCCUGAGCUGAGGCAGCGAGUUGGUGUCCUUGAGCAACGCACUAAACACAUUGCUCUGUGGCACCGGGGCCUAGUGCUCGUCCCUUGGACAACAUCGGUGGCGUGGAGAGGGGACAGCUUGCAGCCUGGGCAACUGCUGGUCUCCCAUCAAAAAACCCUGGAAAUGAAACCUUCCAAGGCGCAAAUCCAUGGUCUCAUGAGACUAAUGGAUGACUAUUAUUAUGAUGAAAUCAAUAAACUGCUGUA